AUGGUUAACAUUCUGAAACUACAAGCUGAUCUUGAUGAUAAUACUAAUAUAGGCACAGCAGUCGUGAUUGAUGAUAUUGGGCAAUGCAAAGGGAUAUUAAACUCUGGCAGUUACUUACGCAUUUUAACACAAAAUAUACGUAGUAUUAAUAAGAAUUUUGAUGGGCUUACGGUUCUUCUCCAACAACUAGAAAUUGAACAAGAUAUAAUUAUAUUAACAGAAUGUUGGCUAUCUAAAGUUAACUUACUACCUACAUUACCCAAUUAUAAUCGAUUUAAUACAAAGCGGAACCUUAAUAAAAAUGAUGGAGUUGUUAUGUUUAUAAGAAAAUCUCUUCAGGUUAAGGUAAUAGUACCACAAAAUACGAAAGAACUGACGUGUCUGGUGGCUUGUCUUAAAGAUACAAACAUCAUUGGCAUUUAUAGACCUCCUGAAUUUACAAAUUUAGAUAAUUUUACACAUUCUUUGGAAUUUAUUCUUCAAGAUUUUACACAAAACAAUUUAAUUUUAAUGGGAGAUUUAAAUAUUGACAUCAAGGAUGGAUGUAAUGCAGCAAGAUGCGAUAGUUAUCUAGAAAUUACAGCUAUGUAUGGAUUAACGGCUACACAUAACUUCCUUACUACGGACAAAAGUUGUUUAGAUCACUGUUUAGUUAAAACAAAAUUACCGAUUAGCACUAUCGUCUGUCAAACAACUCUAACAGAUCAUGCAUGCGUUAUAGUCUCAUUAUCACAAAAGAAUAUUAUAGGAAAAUCAACAAUAACAUUUAAUAAAAAGAUAGAUUAUGAUUCUGUCAUUAAACAAUUAAAAAGUAUUGAAUGGAAUAUAUUACUUAAGGAUUUAAAUGCUAAUGAUGCUACAGAUACCUUUCUUGCUAUAGUUAUGACUGCAUUAGACUCAAAUACUACUUAUAUAAAAUUUUCGGCUAGGAAAAGAAAUAUUAAACCGUGGAUUACCCCUGGUUUAAUUAGGUGUAUGAAACAUAGAGAUAGACUUCACAGUAAAUUACGUAAAGACCCGAAUAAUGUUAUACUUAAAAUAAGUUACGUUCGAUAUCGUAAUACAUGUAGGAAAGUUCUAAAUACUGUGAAACAGAUGUAUUAUAGAAACAAACUAAAUCAAAACAAAUCUAAACCCAAAAUUCAAUGGGAUUGUGUUAGGGAAAUAUGUUAUCUAAAUAAAGACAAACAAACUUCAGCGGAAAUACUUACAUUGAAAACCAGCCCUAAAGAAUCACUUGAUUAUGCAAACGAAUAUUUUGCUGGCAUUGGUGCAGAGCUAGCAAAUAAUAUUAUACAAAGAACGCAAACGACAGAAGACAAACUACUGCGCAUGAUACAAAAUAGUCGGAACUGUUGUGGUUCGUUUUAUCUGAAUCCAACUGAUAAAUAUGAGGUAAUUCUCGUUUCUCAAGAUGCCGGAGCUGAACUUGCCAAAGUAUCAUUGGAUUGUGUUAAAAAAAUGAGUUUGGAGCCCGACAUUAUGAAGAGAUAUUUCGCCUGGGAAUUAGAAGACUCUGAGACUAAUAGACAGUACAUAUUCUGCCUUGGAAAUAACUCAGGAUAUAUUGAUGAUAAUGGAUAUAUAGUUAAAGAUAAACUACUUCAAGUUGUAGGACCACAUAAAGCGAAAGUAGACGCCGUUGUUGAAGAAUGUAAUAAACCCAAAUAUACUGACAAAUAUGAAGCAGUAUUCCGUAGGGUCAUGUGUUUCAAAGAAAACUCCGGAUUGGAGUUAAGAGUGGCG